UUAGAUUUACAAUUGCCAUUUUGCUACUUAUAAUCUGUGUGUCUUAUUUCUUUUGUUUUUCUUUAUUCUUCCUUCACUGCUGACUUUUGGGUUACACAGCUAUUUUCUCCCCCGGCCCCCACUAUCCCCACUGGAUGCUUUUUACACCAGUAUCUCUGCAUUAGCCAAAUUGGACAUAUGUAAAGGGACAUCAGUAUAUCUGGAUCAUCAGGAAAAAGAAUGUAGCAUUGUUCUGUUUUACAGAGGAAGCCUCUACCUGUGACUGAUGGUUGUGCUUCAAGAAGACCAUAGGGAAGAACUCAUUUUCAUCUUGCUGCAAAAGUUGCAAUAGAACCUCCCACAUGCUUAGUGUUCAUUUCUGCCUACUGAGUGUCUUGAAUCUAUAGCAGCAUCUACAUGUACUGCCUCCACAGUGGCUGAUAAUUUGCAGAUAACUUGUGAACCAGACCCGAUCUGAAGGUUUGAACGGGCCAAUGAGUAUCCUCAUCAUUGAAGCAUUCUUUGGAGGCUCCCAUAAACAGCUGGUGGAUCUUCUCCAAGAAGAGUUAGGAGACUGUGUCGUUCAUACCCUUCCUGCAAAGAAAUGGCAUUGGAGAGCCCGGACAUCUGCUUUAUACUUCUCUCUGACCAUUCCCAUCAGUGAACAUUACAGGACCCUCUUUGCAAGUUCAGUGCUUAACCUGACCGAACUGGCUGCCCUGCGGCCUGACCUUGGGAAACUGAAAAAGAUUCUGUAUUUUCACGAGAACCAGUUGAUAUAUCCUGUCAAGAAAUGUCAGGAGAGGGAUUUCCAAUACGGAUACAACCAAAUUCUUUCAUGCCUGGUGGCUGAUGUGGUUGUAUUCAACUCAGUUUUUAAUAUGGAAUCAUUUCUCACUUCCAUUGGAAAAUUUAUGAAGCUGAUUCCUGAUCACAGACCCAAGGAUCUGGAAAGCAUCAUCAGACCCAAGUGCCAAGUUAUUUACUUUCCCAUCAGGUUUCCUGAUGUGAGCAGAUUCAUGCCCAAGCACAAAACAACCCAUUUAAAGAAGAUGCUCGGCCUUAAAGGAAAUGGCGGUGUGGUUCUGUCCAUGGCCCUUCCUUUUCAGCCGGAGCAGAGAGAUUCGGAGGAUUUAUUGAAGAAUUUUAAUUCAAAGUCUGAUACACACUGUGGCCUUGAUACUGCACGACAAGAAUAUUUGGGUAACUCAUUAAGACAGGAGUCAGACUUGAAAAAGUCCACCUCGUCAGAUAAUUCAAGCCCUCAUCAUGGUGAAAAUAAACAAAAUCUGACUGUUGACCCCUGUGACAUUUUGGGUGGAGUUGAUAAUCAGCAAAGACUGCUACACAUUGUCUGGCCUCACAGGUGGGAGCAUGAUAAAGAUCCGGAAAGCUUUUUUAAGGUAUUAAUGCGUCUUAAAGACUUAGGACUCAAUUUCCACGUGUCUAUCCUUGGAGAAACCUUCACAGAUGUCCCAGAUAUUUUUUCAGAGGCCAAAAAGGCAUUGGGAUCUUCUGUCUUACACUGGGGCUACUUACCCAGCAAAGAUGACUAUUUCCAAGUACUGUGCAUGGCUGAUGUUGUCAUCUCAACAGCUAAGCAUGAAUUCUUUGGAGUGGCAAUGUUGGAAGCUGUGUACUGUGGGUGUUACCCACUUUGUCCUAAAGAUUUGGUUUAUCCCGAAAUAUUUCCAGCUGAAUAUCUGUAUUCUACACCUGAACAGCUUUCAAAAAGGCUCCAGAAUUUCUGCAAGAGACCAGAUAUUGUAAGAAAACAUCUCUAUAAGGGUGAAAUCGCUCCGUUUUCUUGGGCAGCCCUACAUGGUAAAUUCAGGUCUCUGCUUACAACAGAACCUAGGGAAGAUUUGUGACAGAUGGGGCUAAGUCACAAACUUGCAGCCUAAGGCAGAAUCCGAAGAACUUUCCAGAGUGUGCCCAUAUUUACCUGAUCAGAGAGAAAAGAAAAUCUGCAGAGGAAGCUGAGCCUGGCUGCUUGUCAUAGCUGACACAGAGCCAUCUGCCACAAACCUGUGGCGGCUUCAGAUCUCCAAUCCCUGCCACCACCCCAACUCAAAUUAAAUACAGAUUCCUAGAGACGUUAUGAUGGUUACACAUGUCCUCGGCAUCACAUGUAGGAGACUGUUCAAAAAAAAUAUGUGGCCUGUUGUAUAACCGCACUCAUGUAUCCCAUAUGUGGUGCCACAUUGAAUUUCCGGUUGAAUCCGUUUUUAUCCUUUGUACUGGAUGACAUGGUGCCUGAAUUCUUUCUUUUCGCCGACACGAUGGCAGCCAAACUGCAGCUUCAAACGCUCACACUUGGCUGGGUUUCUACCUAGGUUGCCAGGUUAUCAUCGGAGCCUUCUUGUGUCCUCAAAGGGCCACGAGGCCUGAAAGGAGGAUCAGAAUGCUUUGGGACUAAUUGGGCAGCCAUCGCAGAAUUGUUUGUGGGCAAAGGGCUGCUUUAGCACUUUUCUUUUAGCAAAUUAAUGACUCUCAGGCACAGGGGGUUUUAAGUGAAGGUAUUAAUAAGAGGUCUGGCAGGUAUUCCCAUGAUUCACAGAGUUACAUUUGCAUUUAAUUAAUCUUAAAGAAAGUUGCAAGAUAAACAGCUGUAAUUCGGACAAACAUGACAAACACAGUGAAGCCAACUAUCCCAUAAAAUGAACACUGACAUACUUGUUUUAAUUUUUUUCCCAGGGUAAAAAUAGAGAAAUCAAAAUACUCCUAACAAAACCAGUAAUUUCGAUAGAAAUAUUUCUCCAAAAUACUUGCAUCCACCUACAAAUAUAACCUUUUCAAGAUAAAUUGCUUAUGAUUCCAAUAGUCAAACUGCUGUGUUUGUUGAUGUAAAGAUGUUUUGAAUGGCUAGAUGGUAAAAUAAAUUUUUAAUAAAGUACCCACUGCAAUUUUUAAUUAAUAUAUUCAUUUACGUAUAGAUGUAUACGUCUACCUAUGUGUUUCUCACUGAACGUUUUCCUUGUGACAGAGACAACGAAUACAAUUGUUUCUUUUCCGGAUGAACAAGGAUCUGUUUUGCAAAUGUUUGUAAGAUAUUAUGACAUUUCCAAGAUUUUCUUUGCAUUCUGGAAAGCAGGAGGUAAACAUUUGUAGUCAUUAAGGUAAAGUCUGUUGAUAAACCAUCUUCUGUUUACUGACAGGUAAAUUGUAACUUUCCCUAGCUUUUGAAUGAGUAACUUCUAUACACCACAGAGUGAGUGAGGCACAGCCAGGGAAAGGUGGCUAGACAAGGGGCAAGCCAGGCUUUCUAGCUUCUGGAAGGAUCGAGUGGCCUAGCAGGCAUCUAAGAUAGAGAAAGCAAUGAUUCGGAAGUCCGGUAGGGCCCAUUUGACAGGUAGCAAAAUCAAAAGCACGAAAUAGAUCAAGACAAAGCCCUUGGGAGAGAGGCAGUAUUGCAGAUCCAAGAAAGCAGCUCAGAGUCUAUGAGCCCUGGGAAUUUAAAAGCCAGAAGAGUAAGAAGCAGAAACAAGAAGCUCCAUCUGAACAGACUCCUCUCUCCAACCUUUAUGAGACCCACAGUGUGUGAUGGGCCACCACAGCACUGGCUUCUAGACUUUUACAGGGAAGCCAGUGAACAAAUUACCUCCUCACCCAGAAAACAAAGAGCUCAGGAACUAUUUUGGAAGUUCCUUCCAGUCUAAGACUAUGGAACUCAGAAUCUAGCAGGUGUGUUCCUUUGGAUAGCAAAACUAAAGAUAUAAAUAUGAAUAAGAAAUUCUUUGCCACUUCUCCUGGGCAAGGUUAUACUUUAUGCCAUCUACUGAGAUAAACCAGACAAGUCAGUUUGCUUCUGUCAGUUGCCGUGUCACAGAUGACAUCUUCUCAAAAUAAUAUUAUCUCACAGCCAGGAAAUAGCGCUUCGUUUACUGUGUUUUUCUAUCCUGAAAAUAAAUGGGCUUAUGCUUCAUAGUGGCUAAGAUACUCUACACACAACUAGUUAGUACCCAUAGAUCUUUUCUCACUGAUAG